CGAGCGUUGGGAACGGAUCGCACGUGGAAUCGAAUCGGGAUUGAAAUCGAAAUAAGAAUCUGAAGCGGAGUCCGGGACAUAUAGCGAUCGGGGUAAAUCGAGAAUCGUGCUAGUGACAAUUGAUCAAGAAGUGCUGUGUCGAGGCACAUUAUGUACCCGGGCAUAUAGCUCACACAAUUGAAAUUAAUUCACGCGUCGCUGCCCAUCUGCAUAAGUUCAAUGGAAGCGGCAGGAGCCGAAGCAACAAACGCUAAAAGUAAAGGAAAAAUGUAAAGAAAGUGCAGUGAAACCGAAUUAAAAAUCAAGAAAACAAAAAACCGAAAAAAACCAUAGAAAAAACCGUGCGACGACUAUCAAUCGCGUGUUCAUUCGUCCGUUAAUGUUAGUCAAAGGUUAAUCAAAGACACUGCACUUAAUCCGACCAGCUGCAUCACCAAAAUAUAUAAACACAGCCUUUUCUUUGUUAUUAUGUGGUGUUUUCAUUCAUGAAUUGCGUUCUGUGCCAAAGUUUUUCCCACUGUCAACGUCUACGUCGCCUCGUCUCAGUUCAUGUGCGCACUCGCAUUUUACGUCUCAAGAGGAAUAAUUAAACACAAUUUUAACCUAAGAGAAAUACAAGCGGAGCUUGGCAACAAAUUCUAGCAGAAGAACACCCCGAAACACCUACAAGUCAACAGACUUUAAUCCCCAUUCCCGGAAUAUAUAAGUAAGCCCAGAAAUAUGACGCUCUUGCCAGAUAUCAAGGCCUCAGAUGCCUGCUGCGGUGGCGGAGGCAGUAGCGAUGCCAGCAGCAGUUCGGGAGGCAGUCACAAGGGUCACAAUGGCCAUGAAAACGGUUGCCUGGGCAUCAAUUGCUGCACCACAGCGGCCAGCUCGGAGUUGUCCAUUGACGAGACCUCUUCGACCUCCUCCCGGGGAUCAGCAGCAUUGGCCACUAAGGUAACAAACGAUCUGAAUGGAUUGCCGAACUAUCACCAGGCAGUGGCCCAUGCCAAUUUCGAUCACUGCGAUCCGGUGGACAUUGAGUUCUCGGAUGUGCGGUACACAGUGAAAAAGUUCUCUUUUCCGGAAAGGAAAUUCGUCUCAAAAGAAAUCCUGCAUGGUCUUAAUGGCAGCUUUCGCGCCGGCGAACUAACCGCCAUUAUGGGACCCUCGGGAGCGGGCAAAAGCACUUUGCUGAAUGUUAUGUCCGGCUUUUGCGCUACUGGAGUGUCGGGCAACAUACGGGUAAAUGGCAAGCCAAUGGAUCCCAACUCGGAGCGAUUCCGCCAGAUGCUGUGCUACAUCCAUCAGGAUGAUCUGCUGCGUCCCCAGUUGAAGGUGGGCGAGAUAAUGCUGCUGGCCGCACAUCUCAAGUUGGGCUUUAAGGUGACCAAGGCCUACAAAAUGGAUCUGAUAAAACACAUCUUAUCACUGCUGGGCCUGGACCAUCGUUUUAAUGUGCACACGGCGAAGCUCUCUGGUGGACAGAAGAAGCGUCUCGCUAUUGCCCUGGAGCUGAUAAGUAAUCCUCCAGUGCUAUAUCUGGACGAGCCGACGACGGGUCUCGAUAGCUCCUCUUGCAGUUCCUGCGUGGCUCUGUUGAAGAAACUAGCUUCGCAGGGCCACACGAUUGUCUGUACAAUCCAUCAGCCCAGUGCCCUGAUCUUUGAGAUGUUCGACAAGCUAUAUACGGUGGUGGAUGGUAACUGCAUGUACCAGGGACCUGUGAGGGAACUAGUACCCUUCCUGGCUGACCAGCAGCUCGUCUGCCCCAGUUACCACAAUCCAGCUGACUAUCUGCUCGAAGUGGCCGUGGGUGAGCAUCAACGUGAUCUGAAUGAUCUGAUCCAUGCGGCGAAUAAAAAGUAUUACGAGGAUGUUGAUCGCUAUCGCUAUAUGAGCUCUACAGAUAUGUCACGUCUGGUGGCAACAAUUACAGACAACAUUGGAAGCAAGACUCUGAGCAAAUCCAGUCAAGAGCUGCCUACAGUUGCGCUGGCGCAAUUCUCCAGCUACGACUAUGUGAAACCAGCGCCGCAGGAGCUGGCGCUGGAGGAGAUCAAGGCACUGAGUGGCACACCAGAAAGCACCAACCAAGAUCUCAAUGAGAAAAAUCAACAGCACAAGCAGCCGCUUGCCAAUGUCAAAGAGCUUGCCAAGCCUUCGAAUGCCUCCAGCUCGGCCUCGUUCCUCAUGCAGUACCUGCUCCUGAUGCAGCGCAUCUUGAUCUGUGCCAAACGCAAUUACUUCCUGCUGCUGGCCCGGAUCUUUUCUCACAUUUUCAUUGGCGUCGUCUUUGGAUAUCUGUACAUGAAUGUGGGCAACAAUGCCCAGAGUGUGCUGGGCAAUUACGUAUACCUCUACGGCUCCACGCUGCUCUUGGUCUACACUGGCAAAAUGGCUGUGGUCUUGACAUUUCCGCUGGAAAUUGACAUGCUGACGCGGGAGCACUUCAAUCGCUGGUACAAGCUGGGUCCCUACUUCCUCUCGCUGAUCUCCUUCGAGAUACCCUUUCAGAGCCUCUGUACCGCCAUGUACAUCGUGAUCAGCGUUCAUCUAACGGGUAAUGAUACCGUGGACUCCUUCCGGAUUUAUUACUUUAUACUGCUGGGUAUAAUGGCCUCACUAAGUGCCCAGGCCUGGGGCUUUUUCGUGGGAGCCACGCUGCCGACUAAGCUUGCCGUAUUUCUGGGACCCAUUCUGGCAGUGAUGUUCUCCGUUUUUGGUUUCUGCACGCGGUACAUCGACAUCACGCCCCUGUUCCGUUGGAUGUGGCACUUGAGUUACUUCCGGGCAGGAUUCCACGGAGCACUGAAUGCAAUCUAUGGAAUGGAUCGACCGUUCCUGGAGUGUCCGAAAGACACGAUGUACUGCCACUUCCGGAGUCCGAAGGUGUUCCUCAAAUACAUGAUGAUUUCGGACGUGCACAUGUCCGACUGCCUGCUCCUCAUGGGUGCUGUGAUCGGUGUCAUGCACGUGCUGACCAUCAUUACACUGUGGCACAAGCUAAACAAGCGAUAGGAUACCUACACUCUCAACUCUAAGCUUCAGUUGUAAUUCCUUUGUACAUAGUCGGGUGUCUUUCGUUUUAAGUUCAAAAUUGAAUUUAUCAGUUUCCUUUUUUAUGUGUUUUACAUUGAUCGACCCAUUUACGAUAAUGUGGAAAGCUAGCUUAGUUAUUUAUUUAAAUAUUCUCUGAAAUAUUAUUGUACGCACGAAGGCUUUAGGGUAGCUUGUACCAGUGUAAGUGCUGAUAUACCAAAAACAAAAGAAGAACAGAAUUCCAGCAACUAUUUUCAAUUUCCCAGUCUCCAUCUUGCCAUUAUCCUUAUUCUUUCCCCCGCUAACUUCAUCAACUCGGUUUGGGUUCCUAUGAAGGAUCUGAGCUAUGCCAAAUCUUGAAUAUUCAUCCUAACAGUUCGCAUCAACGAUACAUUAUUUGUGAUCAACAUUUUGUUUUUUGUCUCUUUUAAAGCUUAGUCUUAGUUUUAUAUUCCUAAGUUCGAUUUAUGUGUAAACGGAUGAUGAUGAUUAUGUUUAGUUUGUGUAGCCAAUGUUUUAGAUUUUUUACUUUAUUGAUUUUGUAAUAAAAUGUUUGGUAAAUCUGAAAAGAGGGGUGUUACGGUUUUUAAUAUGAUUUUGUGACUUGUUACGUAUGUUUAACUUUGUCCAAAAUACACAAGAAGAAGGAACGGUUUAUUUAUAGCUUGCUUUUCUUUAU